CCCCCGGCACCGGCCCGGGAGGGGACGAGGGUUUGCCAGGCCCGGGGCGGGCGGGGAGGCCUCGGGGAAGGGGGGGCCCGCUCCUCAGGCGCCGAGGCUUCGAAGCUUCGGCUCCCGGCAUCUGGGCGAUGGGCUCUCUGUGAGACUGGUCCCCUCGCUGGGGGCGCGUGCGGCAGGAGGCGGCUGCCGAGUGACCGGAGCCGGGCCGCGGCCCUCCCUCGCCCUGCUCAGCCCCUCCCACCCCUGUGCCCUGGGGCUGCCACCGCCCGAGCGUCUGAGCUCGUCCCUGCCUCGCGGUGCCGCCGCCCUCAGGGCCUAGCCCGCCCUGCUCGGCGAGCGGCGGGACUUGAGCGGUCGUCGCAUCCGCAGCAUCCGCCUCGCCUCACUUCACCUCACCUCGCCUCGCCUGGGUGCCGGCUCCCCUCGCCCUGCCCCUCAUGACUGCGGCGCCUCUGCUGCCACAGCCCUGCCGGCCGCCGCGCGCCGCAGGAUGGAUGCGGACCGUGCGGCGCUAACCCCCGUGGCUCUGCACCUGAAUCUCCCGCCGACGAGCCCGCCUCGUGAGCCGCAGCAGCUUCGGUGCCAGCAGCCGCCGCCGCAGCUGGGCCCAGAGUCCCGUGUCGCCUUCGGGGCUCCUUGUCAGUGUUGAGUGGGGAGUCGUCCGGUCCGGGUCGCUCCGAACCCGCUGUAGGAGCGGUGCCCUGCAGACCUUCGCGGCUCCUGCGGGUGGGCCCUUCUUCCUCUUUUCAUUCUCCUAUCCAGCCGCUCGCCUCACCCAGCGGACCAACCAUGUCUGGCGGCGCCGCAGAGAAGCAGAGCAGCACUCCGAGCUCUCUGUUCCUCUCGCCGCCGGCGCCAGCCCCCAAGAAUGGCUCCAGCUCUGAUUCCUCUGUGGGCGAGAAACUGGGGGCCGCGGCGACCGAUGCUGGAACUGGUAGGACCGAGGAGUACCGGCGCCGCCGCCACACUAUGGACAAGGACAGCCGUGGGGCGGCCGCCACCACUACCACCACCGAGCACCGCUUCUUCCGACGGAGCGUCAUCUGCGACUCUAAUGCUACUGCGUUGGAGCUGCCUGGCCUCCCUUUCUCGAUUCCCCAGCCCGGCGUCCCCGCGGUUGUUCCGCAGAUUGCUCCAUCAGAGCCCCACCGGGAGGAGACCUUGACUACUACCGCCGUUUCCCAGGUGGCCCAGCAGCCCCCAGUCACUGCUGCCCCUGGAGAACAAGCUGUCGCGGGCCCUGUCACCUCGACUGCCCCAAGCAGUACCAGCAAAGACCGCCCAGUUUCCCAGCCCAACCUCGUGGGGAGCAAAGAGGAGCCACCACCGGCGAGAAGUGGAAGUGGUAGCGGUGGUGGCAGCGCCAAGGAGCUGCAGGAGGAACAGAGACAGCAACAGGAUGAUAUCGAAGAGCUGGAGACCAAGGCCGUGGGAAUGUCCAAUGACGGCCGCUUUCUCAAGUUUGACAUCGAAAUCGGCAGAGGCUCCUUUAAGACAGUCUACAAAGGUCUGGACACUGAAACCACUGUGGAAGUCGCCUGGUGUGAACUGCAGGAUCGAAAGUUAACAAAAUCUGAAAGGCAGAGAUUUAAAGAAGAGGCUGAAAUGUUAAAGGGUCUUCAGCAUCCCAAUAUUGUUCGAUUCUAUGAUUCCUGGGAAUCCACAGUAAAAGGAAAGAAGUGCAUUGUUUUGGUGACUGAGCUUAUGACAUCUGGAACACUUAAAACGUACCUGAAAAGGUUUAAAGUGAUGAAGAUCAAAGUUCUAAGAAGCUGGUGCCGGCAGAUCCUUAAAGGACUUCAGUUUCUUCACACUCGAACUCCACCUAUUAUUCACCGGGAUCUUAAAUGUGACAAUAUCUUUAUCACUGGCCCUACAGGCUCAGUUAAGAUUGGAGACCUUGGCCUGGCAACUCUGAAGCGAGCUUCUUUUGCCAAGAGUGUGAUAGGUACUCCAGAGUUCAUGGCCCCUGAAAUGUAUGAGGAGAAAUAUGAUGAGUCCGUUGAUGUUUAUGCUUUUGGGAUGUGCAUGCUUGAGAUGGCUACAUCUGAAUAUCCAUACUCGGAAUGCCAAAAUGCUGCGCAGAUCUACCGUCGAGUGACCAGUGGAGUGAAGCCAGCCAGUUUUGACAAAGUAGCAAUUCCUGAAGUGAAGGAAAUCAUCGAAGGAUGUAUACGGCAAAACAAAGAUGAACGAUAUUCCAUCAAAGACCUCUUGAACCAUGCCUUCUUCCAGGAGGAAACAGGGGUACGGGUAGAAUUAGCAGAAGAAGAUGAUGGAGAAAAAAUAGCUAUUAAAUUAUGGCUGCGUAUUGAGGAUAUUAAGAAAUUAAAGGGCAAGUACAAAGACAAUGAAGCUAUCGAGUUUUCCUUUGACUUGGAGAGAGAUGUACCAGAAGAUGUUGCUCAAGAAAUGGUAGAAUCUGGGUAUGUCUGUGAAGGUGAUCAUAAGACCAUGGCUAAAGCUAUCAAAGACAGAGUGUCAUUAAUUAAGAGAAAACGAGAGCAGCGGCAGUUGGUUCGAGAAGAGCAAGAAAAGAGAAAACAGGAGGAGAGCAGUCUUAGACAGCAGGCUGAACAACAAUCAAGUGUUCCUUCUCAGACAGGAAUCAAGCAGGUCCCUUCUGCUAGCACUACUGCUUCUGCCACUUCAGCUUCAGUAUCUACACAAGUAGAACCUGAAGAGCCUGAGGCAGAUCAACAUCAACAACUACAGUACCAGCAACCUAGUAUAUCUGUAUUAUCUGAUGGGACAGUUGACAGUGGUCAAGGAUCUUCCGUCUUCACAGAAUCUCGAGUGAGCAGUCAACAGACAGUUUCAUAUGGUUCCCAACAUGAACAGGCACAUUCUACUGGCACAGUCCCAGGGCAUACAGCUUCCAUUGCCCAAGCACAGUCUCAGACCCAUGGAGUAUACCCACCCUCGAGUAUGCCUCAGUCCAUGGCGCAUCCGUGUGGGGGUACCCCAACAUACCCAGAAUCACAGAUAUUUUUCCCAACUAUUCAUGAACGUCCAGUUUCUUUUUCACCACCUCCCACCUGUCCACCGAAAGUAGCCAUUUCCCAGCGACGUAAGAGCACCUCCUUCCUGGAAUCCCAAACUCGCCAUUUCCAACCCCUGCUGAGGACUGUUGGCCAAAAUCUUCUUCCACCUGGUGGCAGCCCAACUAACUGGACACCAGAGGCUGUAGUUAUGUUGGGCACUACAGCCAGUAGAGUAACUGGAGAUCUGUGUGACAUACAGGUCCAUCCUAUGUUUGAGUCAUCUCAAGUUUGCAAUGACUAUAGACCUGGACUAGUACUUCCAGAAGAAGCGCACUAUUUUAUUCCUCAGGAAGCAGUGUAUGUAGCAGGGGUACAUUACCAGGCCCAGGUGGCAGAACAGUAUGAGGGCAUUUCAUACAACUCACCAGUACUCUCAAGUCCUAUGAAACAGAUACCUGAACAGAAGCCAGUACAAGGGGUCCCUACAUCAAGUUCUGUCUUUGAAUUUCCAUCUGGACAGGCUUUCCUGGUAGGACACCUUCAGAAUUUAAGAUUAGAUUCUGGAUUGAGUCCAGGAUCUCCCCUCUCUAGUAUUUCUGCACCUAUCAGUACAGAUGCUACACGUUUGAAAUUUCACCCUGUCUUUGUUCCUCAUUCUGCACCCGCUGUGUUAACUCAUAGCAAUGAGAGCAGAAGCAACUGUGUAUUUGAAUUUCAUGCUCAAACAUCAAGCUGUUCUUCAGGAGAAGGAGGUGGAAUUUUACCUCAGCGUACUUACCGAAAUCGACAGGUUGCAGUGGACUCAAAUCAGGAAGAACCGCCUCCUCAGUCAGUUGGAUUACAUGGCUACCUACAGCCUGUGACUGAAGAACAGCGUAAUUAUCAUACCCCAGAAUUGACUGUUUCUGUGGUAGAGCCUAUCGGACAGAACUGGCCAAUAGGAAGCCCAGAGUAUUCCAGUGAUUCCUCACAAAUCACUUCUUCAGAUCCCAGUGAUUUUCAGUCACCUCCCCCUACAGGGGGAACAGCUGCACCUUCUGGCUCUGACGUCUCAUUACCCUUUAUCCAUCUGCCUCAGACAGUGUUACAAGAAUCCCCACUUUUCUUCUGUUUCCCCCAAGGAACCACAUCUCAGCAGGUCUUAUCGGCCUCAUUUUCUUCAGGAGGAUCUUCACUCCAUCCACAGGCGCAGGGUCAGAGCCAGGGCCAACUAUCUUCAAGUAGUUUAGCAGGGGUUCCAUCUUCCCAGCCCAUCCAACAUCCUCAGCCGCAGGGAAUACAACAGACAGCCCCUCCUCAACAGACAGUACAGUAUUCACUUCCACAAACAACAGCCUCCACUGAGGCCACUACUGCACAGCCAGUGAGUCAACCUCAAGCUCCACAGGUCUUGCCUCAAGUGUCAGCUGGAAAACAGGGCUUCCCACCUCGACUGCCACCACAAUACCCAGGAGAUUCAAAUAUUACUCCCUCUUCCAACGUGGCUUCUGUUUGCAUCCAUUCUACAGUCCUAUCCCCUCCCUUGCCUACAGAAGCAUUGGCUACAUCAGGUUAUUUUUCUACAGUGGUGCAGCCUUAUGUGGAAUCAAAUAUUUUGGUUCCUGUGGGCAGUAUAGGAGGACAGGUUCAAGUGUCCCAGCCAGCAGUGAGUUUAGCACAACAAUCCCCCACUACAUCCUCCCAGCAAGCAGUUCUGGAGAGUACUCAGGGAGUCUCUCAGGUUGCUCCUCCAGAGCCAGUUCCAGUAGCACAGUCACAACCAACCCAACCUGUCACUUUGGUGUCCUCUAUAGACAGCGCGCACUCAGAUGUUGCUUCAGGUAUGAGUGAUGGCAAUGAGAAUGCCCCAUCAUCCAGUGGAAGGCAUGAAGGGAGAACAGCAAAACGGCAUUAUCGAAAAUCUGUAAGAAGUCGCUCUCGUCAUGAAAAGACUUCACGCCCAAAAUUGAGAAUUUUAAAUGUUUCAAACAAAGGAGACCGGGUAGUAGAAUGUCAAUUAGAGACUCAUAAUCGGAAAAUGGUUACAUUCAAAUUUGACCUAGAUGGUGACAACCCCGAGGAGAUAGCAACAAUUAUGGUAAACAAUGACUUUAUUCUAGCAAUAGAGAGAGAGUCAUUUGUGGAUCAAGUGCGGGAAAUUAUUGAAAAAGCUGAUGAAAUGCUUAGUGAGGAUGUCAGUGUGGAACCGGAGGGUGACCAGGGAAUGGAAAGUCUGCAGGGAAAGGAUGACUAUGGUUUUUCAGGUUCUCAGAAAUUGGAAGGAGAAUUCAAACAACCAGUUCCCACAUCUUCCAUGCCACAGCAAAUCGGUGUUCCUACCAGUUCUUUAACUCAAGUUGUUCAUUCUGCUGGAAGACGGUUUAUAGUGAGUCCUGUGCCAGAAAGUAGAUUACGAGAAUCCAAAGUUUUCACCAGUGAAAUAUCAGACACAGUUGCUCCCUCUAUACCUCAGGGCCCUGGAAUGAAUUUGUCUCACUCUGCUUCAUCCCUUAGUCUCCAGCAGGCCUUUUCUGAACUUAGACAUGCCCAAAUGACUGAAGGACCCAACACAGCACCUCCAAACUUUAGUCACACAGGACCAACAUUUCCUCCUUUCUUGGGUAGCAUUGCCGGAGGCCCAACCACAGCAGCAGCCACACCUUCAGUAUCAGUUCCUGUAUCAAGCGGCUCUCUUAAUGACAUUUCCACAUCAGUAAUUCAGACUGAGGUUACAGUACCCACUGAAAAAGGGAUUGCUGGAGUUGCCACCAGCACAGGAGUGGUUAUGUCAAGUUGUCUUCCUGUACCACCUGUGUCUGAGUCACCAGUACUUGCCAGUGUGGGUUCAAGUGUCACAAUACCUGCAGUUGUCUCAAUGUCCACAACAUCCCAGCCAGUACAGGCCCCCACAUCUGGGAGCAUUGUUUCUAGUACAGGCGCUUUUCCUUCUAUGACAGUUUCAACAGCUUCAACCUCUGCAGUGGGCAGUACUGCUGCCCCAGGUGCUAAGCCUCCAGCUGUGUUAUCUCAGCAUACAGCAAGCACUACUGGGGUAGCCACAGUAACAUCAGUUUCUGCCUCCACUCCAUUCCCAACCAUAGCUUCACAGCCAUCCCUUCAGCUUAGUAGCAGCACCUCUGCCCCUACUCUAGCUGAAACAGUGGUGGUUAGUGCACACUCACUGGACAAAACAUCUUAUAGCAGUACAACUGGAUUAGCUUUGUCUCUCUCUGCACCAUCUUCCUCUUCCUCUCCUGGAGUAGGAGUGGCUAGUUCUGUUUCUCAGCCUGGUGGAGUGCAUCCUUUAGUCAUCCCAUCAGUGGUAGCUUCUACUCCUGUCUUUCCCCAAGCAGCAGGACCUACUUCUACACCUUUGUUACCCCAGGUACCCAGUAUCCCACCCUUGGUACAACCUGUUGCCAAUGUGCCUGCUGUACAGCAGACUCUCAUUCAUAGUCAGCCUCAACCAGCUUUGCUUCCUAACCAACCCCACACUCACUGUCCAGAAGUAGAUGCUGAUACCCAACCCAAAGCUCCUGGAAUUGAUGACAUAAAGACUCUGGAGGAAAAGCUGCGGUCUCUCUUUAGUGAACACAGCUCUUCUGGAGCUCAGCAUGCCUCUGUCUCACUAGAGACGUCACUAGUAGUAGAGACCACAAUCACACCAGGCAUCCCAACCACUGCUGUUGCACCAAGCAAACUCAUGACUUCCACUACGAGUACUUGCUUACCACCAACAAAUUUGCCAUUAGGAACAGCUGGUUUGUCAGUCAUGUCAGUGGCCACACCUGGGCAAGUUUCUACCCCAGGCAGCUAUGUUUCAGCCCCAGUGAGCACUGCAUCAGGAAUGAAACCUGGAACUGCUCCCUCAAAGCCACCUUUAAUUAAGGCUCCGGUGCUGCCAGUGGGUACUGAACUUCCAGCUGGUACUAUGCCUAGCGAGCAGCUGCCACCUUUUCCUGGACCUUCACUAACUCAGUCACAACAACCUCUAGAAGAUCUUGAUGCACAGCUGAGAAGAACGCUUAGUCCAGAGACUAUUACAGUGACAUCUGCAGUUAGUCCUGUGUCCAUGGUGGCUCCAACAGCAGUUACAGAAGCAGGAGCACAGCCUCAGAAGGAUGUUUCCCAAGGCACAGAAGGCCCUGUCCUAGCAACUAGUUCAGGAACUGGUGUUUUUAAGAUGGGACGAUUUCAGGUUUCAGUUGCAAUGGAUGAUACCCAGAAAGAAGAUAAAAAUAAGACAGAAGAUGCAAAGUCUGUUCAUUUUGAGUCUAGCACAUCAGAGUCCUCAGUGCUAUCAAGUAGUAGUCCAGAGAGUACCCUGGUGAAGCCAGAGCCUAAUGGGAUGACAAUCCAUGGCAUCUCCUCAGAUGUGCCAGAUGGUGCCCUUAAAACUCCUGCCUCAGAAGCAAAGUCAGAAACUGGGCAACCUACCAAGGUGGGACGUUUUCAGGUGACAACUACAGCAAACAAAGUGGGUCGUUUCUCUGUAUCAAGAACUGAGGACAAGAUUGCUGAGGCAAAGAAAGAAGGACCAGUGACAUCUCCUCCUUUUAGGGAUUCAGAACAAGCUGUUCUCCCUGCAGUAAUACCAAAGAAAGAAAAGCCUGAACUGUCGGAGCCUUCACAUCUAAAUGGGCCAUCCUCUGACCUGGAGGCUGCUUUUCUAAGGGGGGAUGUGGAUGAUGGUUCAGGUAGCCCACACUCACCCCGUCAGCUGUGUUCGAAGAGUCUUCCCAUUCAGAAUCUAAGUCAAAGCCUUAGUAAUUCAUUCAAUUCCUCUUACAUGAGUAGUGACAAUGAAUCAGACAUUGAAGAUGAAGACUUAAAGUUAGAGCUUCGACGACUACGAGAAAAACAUCUUAAAGAGAUUCAGGACCUGCAGAGUCGCCAGAAGCAUGAAAUUGAAUCUUUGUAUACCAAAUUGGGCAAGGUUCCCCCUGCUGUCAUUAUUCCCCCAGCUGCUCCCCUUUCAGGGAGAAGAAGGAGACCCACUAAAAGCAAAGGCAGUAAAUCUAGUCGCAGCAGUUCCUUGGGAAAUAAAAGCCCACAGCUUUCAGGUAACCUGUCUGGUCAGAGUGCAGCUUCAGUCUUGCACCCCCAGCAGACCCUUCAUCCUCCUAGCAACAUCGCAGAGACCGGGCAGAAUCAACUGUUACAACCUCUUAAGCCAUCUCCUUCCAGUGAUAACCUCUACUCGGCCUUCACCAGUGAUGGUGCCAUUUCAGUACCAAGCCUUUCUGCUCCAGGACAAGGAACCAGCAGCACAAACACUGUUGGGGGAACAGUGAACAGCCAAGCUGCCCAAGCUCAGCCUCCUGCCAUGACAUCCAGCAGGAAGGGCACCUUCACAGAUGACCUACACAAGCUGGUAGACAACUGGGCCCGAGAUGCCAUGAAUCUUUCAGGCAGAAGAGGAAGCAAAGGACACAUGAAUUAUGAGGGCCCUGGAAUGGCAAGAAAGUUUUCUGCACCUGGACAGCUUUGCAUCUCCAUGACCUCAAACCUGGGUGGCUCUGCCCCCAUCUCUGCAGCAUCAGCUACCUCUCUAGGUCACUUCACCAAGUCUAUGUGCCCCCCACAGCAGUACGGUUUUCCAGCUGCCCCAUUUGGCACUCAGUGGAGUGGGACGGGUGGCCCAGCACCACAGCCACUUGGCCAGUUCCAGCCUGUAGGAACUGCCUCCUUACAGAAUUUCAACAUCAGCAAUUUGCAGAAAUCCAUCAGCAACCCCCCAGGUUCCAACCUGCGGACCACUUAGUGAGACCUAGAGACAUUAAUUGAGUAGAUCUGGGGGCAGGAGAUGGAAUGCUGAAAGGAGGGUGGGGGGAUGGGGAAGUAGCCUAUUUACUAACUACUAGUGCUGCAUUUAACUGGUUAUUUCUUGCCAGAAGGGAAUGUUUGUAAUACCGCUUUGAGCCCUCAGAAUGGAGACUCUCCCUCCCUCUCCAUUUAUUGGAAUGGGACAAGGAGAGAGCAACUUUCUUGUGAAGAGGCUGCUUCAGUCUAUGCUUUCCUAUUUAUCUAUACCCACCAGUGAGGCCCAGGGCUAGAAGAGAAUCUUGUUAUCAAGAAGCUACAAGAGAGCUCAAUGUAAAGCCAGAGCCCAUUUGUAUCUGCAAGUGGGUACAGCUCUUAAUUGUGGUACAAGCCCCAAAUCCCUUACUCCCUCAAGAAUUCAAACCAUCAAACAAUAUAGGGUUCUCUCCUACUCUGCCCCCAUCCCUGCUUUUUUCCCCCUCUCCUCUUUUAGAACCCAGUGAAAAAUACCAGGGGACUGGGGUUGCAACCCUUUCUUAUAAUAGGUCAUUAGUGCUUUAAGCAAAAGAUAAUAGCAGCUUUGACUGCAGCAUUAGUAAUUAGGAAAAAAAAAAAAACGUUCCCUGCGGACAUGUAACUUUGCCAUCAGUUUUGAUGUGGAAACACUGUGAUAUAUAAAUGUUGUUGGACAACAGUAGUUUUAAGAGUAAAAUAUGAAAGGUUUAAAAAGUUCACACACAAAAAAAGCUAGCUCUGUCCUUUACUUAUUGAGACACUUUAACUUUUUCCUUUGUACUUCCAUUGUAUUAGAUAAAUAAAUGUGAAUGUAAAAUUGUAUAAAUUACUGUACUUGAAUACUUCUGUUCUCCCAGUAUUGCUUGCUGGAUAUUUUAGUGCCUUGGACUUCUAUUGCUUCUGCCAUUAGCAUCGACUUACCAGAUCCCAGAUCAACAAAGGGCAUGUGGAAAGAACAUUUAGGUCCAUGUGACCCCAGCAGUGGAUAUGCCAAAGGGAAAUUGAAAAGAGUAUUUUUUUUUUAAUCAUUCAACAAUUUUGUCUAAAGCAGGUGUAAGAUAAGUAAGAUGGGAAGUUGACAUCAGUGGUUGAAAACAGAAAGUUCUGUUUCAGGAAUAGUUAGGGAGGGGUGUUACAUCAAAAUUGCACAAUAUAAAAGAUUAAGGGAGGUGUGAGCUAAGAGAAAGAAAACGAAAGGUUAAUUAAAGGGGGCACACACUUGUUUCGAAGAUACCUGACGCCUGGCCAGAUUGUCGUAAAUCUUACUGAUUUGAGCUGGGCUUGAACAGAUGAGACCUGGAAGAAAUUAAACAUAAGGAGAAGGGGAUGGGUAGCUCAUUUUUUAAGGUGGGAAGAGUGGCAGAUGGAAAAAGUUGCUCCAAGAAAAACCAUUUGGACAGCUCUCUUCAUGCACCUACACCUUGCAUUUCUCAGCUUGGGGUACUCUAUUCUAUGGAAAGCGGACCAACUUCUGAUUUAAUAAGCAUUGUAGGAAAGAAUGCUUUAUUUCUGUUUUCUCUAUGAUGAUGCCCAAAUGGUUGCAGGAUCAUAAUCUGUCGUGCCACCUAUAUUUCUACAAUUAUAACUAAUAUUCUCACAUUGUUCAUUUACAUACUCCCCCUUCAUAACUGCAACCAACCAGUAUUAUUUAAUGCUAUGUCUAGUUGUAAUGGGCAGUUCUGUUACUUUCAGAACUUUCCAGAAAUAAAUACUGUUCUAAUUGGCUAUGUUUGGGAUAUUCUCAGAAGAUGGGGAAAGAAAAUAGGACUUUUUCUUGGGUGCUGCUUCUCUUGACUUAGUUGGGACAUACCGUAUUUCCAACCUUUCACCCACCUCAAUGGCACAUCCCAGGAGUCUCCAUGAUAGGAAGAGCCUGGUAGCUAUCCAGAUCUUUUUUGUUCCAAUUUGGCCCUGGUUCUAUUUCUUUAUUAAGUUGGCCUAGGCCCCAGAGAUACCAAUGAGAGAGAGCUAAAGGUUUUAGGGAGGUAGAAAUGAAAAGGGCAGGGGUUCCAAGCCCUGCUGCAGAAGUGCUGACUUAUUUUUCUGUUUAAUUCUUGGGGAGAGGGUAAGAGUGAGAACAAAGAUGAUGCCGAGUAAAUGGGAAAUGGACCGCUUGAAGUGAAUGAAAUGAUACUUCUACCAGAGGAAUGAGGGUGCCAAAUGCAGCACAUUGUUUUGUUAUUUUUGGUUUAGCAAUUUUGAGGUCUUUUCACUUAUACACAAAAAUAAGAACUGGUUUUAUUUACUGUUGAUUUUUUCCCCUUCCUGUGGAUGAAAUAACUGAAGCCUAGAGGAAUGAACUAGUGCUACUGAACUGUUUAAAUUAUUUUUGUUAAUAGUACCCUUCAAGUAUCUUUUCCAUAUUAAAAAGAACUUUCUGAACUAUAAAUGUUUUCCUUACAUUAUUUAACAAUGUACACUGUUUAAAAAAACAAACUGAAUUCAAACCUUGGGGGUUUCUCAGCAGCCGUUAAUUGUACAUUUUGCACUAACUCUGGGUGUUGCGCUUCUUGUAAGAUUGCGCUUUGUGCUUCAGUUUGUUACCUUUGUAGACUUAUUUAAUGAAACCAUUCAAAUAAACCAAACUUGCUUUUGUUGA